AUGUUUCCCAAGCCUUUUGUCUCGCGCCGUCUCCACGAACCUAUCAACAAAACCGGAUGGGAGAAGGAAACGAAGAAUCAUUGGAGACUCAUGCAAACCCUACCAUGGGUGGGGAUUCUCAUCGGACUUCUCGCCUCCGCCUUCAUUGGGUGGUGGGGCUGGCAGUCUGUCCCUGAAAGCACCUACCAGCUCAUCUUGGACGAGAACUUCUCCGCCGGUGCUAUUGAUCCCACCAUCUGGAACCACGAAGUUCAGCUCAACGGUUUCGGCACUGGGAACUUCGACUGGACCACUACUGAUUCGAGGAACUCGUACGUCAAAGAUGGCAUGUUGCACAUCGUGCCGACUCUUACCAGUGACGUUCUUGGCUUCGACGCCAUCACCAAUGGAUAUACGGUAAACAUUACCGGCAAUGGCUGCACUUCCGAAAGUGCUUCCGACUGCGCCGCUGUUUCGAACUCGACUCUCGGAGACGUCUUGCCACCUGUUCAGUCUGCUCGCCUCAAUACCAAGGGUCACUACGGUAUUAAGUAUGGGAAGGUGGAAGUCGUUGCUAAAAUGCCUGUCGGUGAUUGGAUAUGGCCUGCUAUCUGGAUGAUGCCUCGUGACAGUGUGUACGGUGAAUGGCCUCGCUCAGGAGAAAUCGACAUUGCCGAAGCCCGUGGUAACAAACCUGAUUUCGGUCUCCAGGGAAGGGACUAUGUGUCCAGCACCAUCCAUUGGGGUCCUUCCGGCGAUCUGAACAAGUACUACAAAACUUCCAACGUCAUUCAGCAGCUCCACGGUGACUUCUCUCAGGACUUCCAUACCUACGCUAUUGAAUGGACUCCGAGGUACAUCUUCGCAUACGUCGACAGUAGGCUCCGUCAGGGCCUCUCUGUCAAGUUCAACAAGAAGUUUUGGGAUCGAGGAAACUUCGAUGUCAUCGACAAGACAAAUCUCACGAUCAUUGACAACCCCUGGGAUGUUGCCAACGCUACAGAUUCUACACCCUUCGACCAGGACUUCUACCUCAUCCUCAACGUCGCCGUCGGCGGCACCAACGCUUACUUUGCCGACGACAUGCCUGGGAAACCCUGGGCGGAUAAGUCUCCCACUGCUAAAAGUGACUUUUGGACUGCGCGCAACUCCUGGUAUCCGACCUGGCUUACCGAGGAGGAGCGUGGAAUGGUCGUCAAAUCAGUGAAGAUGUAUCAAUGGCUUGGUUCUGAACGACAGUAUUUCUAG